UUUCCUUCCAGCAAUGUCAGCUCAGACUGGAGCAGCACUCCUCCUUGCUCUCGCGGCCAUCGCCAGCAGCAACACUGAAGGCGACAUACUUUACGCGCAAAGGCAGGCGUGGAAUGACCCGAACGGUGUGCUGCAGAGCUGGGAUCCGACCCUUGCCAAUCCCUGCUAUUGGUUUCAUGUCAGCUGCAACAACGAAAACUCCGUCGUCCGAGUGGAUUUGGGGAAUGCGGGCAUCUCAGGCCCCCUCAUUCCUGAACUGGGCCAACUGAAGAGCCUUCGAUACCUGGAGCUGUAUGAGAACAAAAUGAGUGGGCCAAUACCAUCUACCCUGGGAAACCUGAGGAGACUGAUCAGCCUUGAUCUCUACAGCAACCAUCUCACUGGCGCGAUACCGGCAUCGCUUGGGAACAUCGCGUCGCUGCGUUUCCUAAGGAUCCAUCGGAACAAGCUUGCAGGAGGUAUACCGGCGUCGCUGGGUCGUCUGACGAAGAUUGUCAGGUUGGAGCUUCAGGAGAACUUGCUGACCGGCACGGUGCCGCUGGAGGUCCUCUCUCUUGUUCUUGUCGGGGACUUGACUAAGCUAGAUGUUGCCCAAAACAAUCUCACCGGCACUGUCAGAUCAUCUAAACAAAGAGUGGCGACGGUCAUCCAGGACACGCUCAAGUGA